AUGGCGGCAAGAUACGACAGAGCUAUCACAGUCUUCUCCCCGGACGGCCAUCUUUUCCAAGUGGAGUACGCGCAAGAAGCUGUAAAGAAAGGCUCCACAGCGGUGGGUAUCAGGGGCAAAGACAUAGUCGUCCUCGGAGUUGAGAAGAAAUCGGUAGCCAAGUUGCAAGAGGAGAGAACCGUCCGCAAGAUAUGUGCCCUGGAUGAGCAUGUCUGCAUGGCAUUUGCAGCUACUCUGAUGUUUGCAGGACUGACAGCAGACGCUCGAAUAGUGAUUAACAGAGCGCGUGUUGAGUGCCAGAGCCACCGGUUGACUGUGGAAGAUCCUGUCACUGUGGAAUACAUCACACGUUACAUAGCCACACUGAAACAGCGUUACACUCAAAGCAACGGUCGAAGGCCGUUCGGCAUUUCUGCCCUGAUUGUCGGCUUCGACUAUGAUGGAACUCCCAGGCUGUACCAGACUGACCCGUCAGGGACCUACCAUGCUUGGAAGGCGAACGCAAUUGGUCGGAGUGCUAAAACGGUGAGAGAGUUUCUGGAGAAGAACUACACAGACGAAGCCAUCGCUGGAGACAAUGAAGCGAUCAAGUUAGCAAUCAAAGCGUUGCUUGAGGUGGUCCAGUCAGGAGGAAAAAAUAUUGAGCUGGCUGUUAUCAGACGGAAUCAACCACUGAAGAUCCUGGAGUCCAAGGAGAUCGAGACUCUGGUGGCUGAGAUUGAAAAGGAAAAAGAGGAAGAGGCUGAAAAGAAAAAGCAGAAAAAGUCCACUUGA